AUGAGCACGAUUUGUGCAGUCACUCAGUCUUCUUCGGCGCUACUGCUUGAUCCGCGGCACCUUAGGGGUCCAGUCAUAAGGGACAUUCGAAAGUCUGUCGAGCUUCUCGAUCUGAGAUCAUGCGUUCUAUCGGGUCUAUCGCAGCCGCGCAAAGCAAUUCCCUCGUUACUUCUAUGGGAUGAGCAGGGACUAGAGAACUUCAAUGAGUGGACCAGGUGUCCCCAUUACUAUCCCAAGUCGAAGGAAAUAGAGAUCCUCGAGACUUGCAACGACAAGAUUGCUGCUGCCAUGCCUCACAAAUCGUCAAUAGUGGAGCUGGGUUGUGGGAACCUGCACAAGACUUCUGUUAUUCUCUCUGCCCUCGCCAAGCAAAAAAAAGAAGUUCAUUACUAUGCCUUGGACGUCUCGCAAUCAGCGUUGCUCAACAACCUGCAGGCUUUGCAAGAAGAAUUCAAGUGCUUCCCCAAAAUUAGUAUCUCUGGUCUGCUCGGAACAUACGACGACUGCGUGGACUGGAUCUCCAACAACGACGCCACUCUCCACGCCCUCCCUGUCACUUUCCUCUGGGUCGGAAAUAGUGUAGCGAACCUCUCCAAGAGCGAGGCCAGCAAUCUCAUGGCCGGUUUUCGUCAGGCGUGCAGCGUAGCGAGGAUUGACUGUCGCUUUCUAGUCUCCGCGGACGCUUGCGCCGACGAGGGCAAACUAACCAAGGCCUACAACCCUGAAUCCGGGUCAUCACGCACCUUCCUGCGCCAUGGCCUCAACCACGUCAACAGGCUAUUCAAUACGGACUUGUUCGAUGGAGCAACCUGGAAUUGCACCGUCGAGUACGACCGGGAAGAGAACGAAGUCCUAGCCUUCUACUUCCCGGUGAUCGAUGUCACGUUCCCAAUUGACGACACAGGCUCGGUAACUGUGCAUCAAGGGGAGCAUAUCUUCUUCUUCCGCAGCGGGAAGUGGAAUCAAGAACAGAUGGGGACCGUUGCACGGCAGAGCGGAUUUCAGGUUUCGCGGGUGUGGAGAGACUUGGAUGAGGAGUAUGGGUUCUAUUUCCUGACUCCGUAG